CACUGACUGUAUGCAGCGAGCGGAGUAGGAGCGCAUUUGUACAGGAGUUGCACAGCGCGUCGGACGCACAACCGGAGAGACAGCGCACCUUACCUGGCUGCUAAAGAGGACUACGACCAACGUCGGCACACUGUCUUCACCAACGCGUUAGACCCGUGUCACAGACGGUCCAGCCCAGCGUGCAGUGUGAGUGUUGCGUAGCCUGAUAGAGAGCCUAACCGUGGUGUGGCCGAUCUUCGAAACGUCUUCCAGGCAGAAGAAGUGCGAAGAAACGAGUAUCAAUCGAAGAACGAUCGAAUAUCGAACGAAAAUCAACAAAAGCUUGUAUGUCGUGCGCGUGUUCGAAAUUUAGUGUGUUGUGAACGAACCCCGAACUAACCCCACCGGAAUCGUAUCCCGGUGAACAAAGUGUCGAAAAGUGCAGUGAAGUCUGUGACGAAAAUCUGACCCCACCGAAACCUUUCCCCACGUGAAAAGGGUUAAUCGUGCAUUGCGUAAGGUUGGGGCGUUUGUUUUGUUCGAAUGUGCCACGAGCCCUAGUAAUAGCCGGUCUGCUAUCCCCCCCGAAACAACUAAUAAACAUCAAUUGAGAGGCGCAACAGGCGCAAGUGUUGCAAGUGCAAUCAACAAUUGACAGCAAUUGAAGGCAAAGCCUGGCAGGGCGCAUCCAGCGUGGAUAAGCAACCGUAGUACCGCGUGCCGUGCCGUGCCGUUAUCCGAUGAAGAUGACCAUUUUGUCGAUCUUUCUCGAGAGUCCCGAUUGAUAACAGUGUUUGAAGUGUGUGCGUGAGAGUGAGCGAUCAAGUGAAAGAGGGUACUGAACAGCACACCUGUGCCCGGAGGCAAAAAAUAUUCCUCAAAUCUCAGCUACUACUGCCGACCCCCGUCACCAAAGUGUUUCAAGUGUUCACAUAACGAUUAAGUGAAUUAAGAGACGAGAGCGAGAUAGAGAGAUAAAGUGCCUCGUAGCGUCGAAACCCUUCAACAAGUGACACCCACUCCGAAAGUGCAUCUUAUUUAUCCCGUGUUGGUGUAGUUCGUAAUGGCUAAACCGUUUAUGCUGCCCGAAUCCGGUCCAGGCGGAGGAUCCUCUUCGUCCGGUGCGGGUCCACCCAGUAAUGCGCCGUCCAACACCAACACGGUCGCUGGCAACACUGCUCCGAGCACUCCCGCUCCGAUCGGAACAGGCAGUGCGGCCAGCAACGGUCCAUCGGGAGCUUCCGGCCAUGUAUCGUCGGCUCCCAUCUCAGUGACCGGGGCUAACUCGUCCCAGCAGUAUCAUCUGCAGCAGCUGCACCAUCACCAUCAGCAACUGCAGCAACACUACCAAUCAUCGUAUCAGGGUUCGCACCCGGCCCUGAUGACCGCUCCGGGACCGGGUAGCGUACCGGUGGUAGAUCCGCAUCUGUUGCUUCCGAUGACACCGCCGGCCAGUGGAUUUGCGACCGCCAUCCAGACACCGCAGAUGGCACCGGUAAAUGAGCAGCUAGUGCAGGCCCUGUACGAAGCCAUCUAUCGCUGUUCGUGGGGAGAUGGUCCACCGACACCGUUGUCCCAGUCACCGCCGAGCGCCUCCUGCAGUCCGUUCACUACCGGAGCGUACUACGGUUCGGGGCAGGUAUUCUUCCCAAGGACUCCGGCCAACACCGCCAACGGACGCAACGGUGCACGUGUGUUCUUCCACCAGACCCCGGGGCAGCAGUACCCGCAGGUGCCACAAUCGCAGCCAACACCCGGGUCUGCAAACAGCCAUUCCAGUAGCAGCGGUGUUAGCAGCUCGCUUGAUACACCGUCCUGUUCAUCCGGCACGCCGCACUAUCACCAUGGUCAACUGCAGCCGAUCCAGUUUAACUGGCACGACGAUGGAGAUUCGAGCGAAUCGGAAGGAUCCUCAUCGCAGACUACCUCCUCGUCCGGAUGCAAUCCGCACUGUUUGGGGACGAUGGACGGUGGGGCCAGCAGUAGUUCGUACAGCGUGCCCUCGUCGGCCAACCUGAUCAGUCCGUCCUCGUCCGGUGGCACACUGUACGCGUCCGUGCCGCCCCAUCUCGACUACAUGGCGGGGCGCGAGCAGUUGCAGGAGUUCCCGGGCAAGAUACCGCAGCGCAAGCGGAAGUCGCGCACACCAAAGCCGAAGAAAGCGGGACUCCUGGAGCAACCCUUGAUGUGGCAAAUGGCUGUUACCGCGGCGGCGCUUAUCGUACUCGGCUGCGGCUAUCUUGCGGCAAGGUGAACCCGCCAUCGUAGAAGCACACAGACACCUUACUUCCCGAAUUUGCCCCGAACGCUUGUCUCACGCUUGUUCAUAGAGCAAAACGGGACACGAGAGCAAAUCGGGAGUGCCGAUCGGAUCGAUUCCCUGUGAAUUGGAUUAGUUUGCAGUUGCAGAACAAGCAGUUUAUUUUUCGGACCAGUUUUUACAUGUUAAAGUUUACAACGAAACGUUUAAAUUUAUAGAAGGCGUUGCGGUUUUAGAUUGAAGAAAGGCGUCAGAACUCUUCCAACAAUAGAGAAGAAGAAAAAAGAAACGUGAUAAAAUGGCAUACAAUAAUUAGCGUUAUAGGAAGGCGCGCGCAUAUCGUAGGAGCAUAUCGGAGCGGAAGCGAAAAAAGAAAACUCAUAUUGGUCUCAACUUGCAGCGUGCAAGUAUUUUAACCAAAUAGCGUUAGGGAACAGUUUCUCUCUCUCUCUCUCUCUCUCUCUCUCUUGUUUUUUUAUCCGAUUGUGCCUGCCACGCAACGAUCGAUACAUAUUAAAAAGCCAGAAGAAAACAGAAUCGAUCGUCGUGAAAUUCCCCAUGGAGAGUCUUUAAAAGAUAUUUCGGCCAUCCAUCUUCGAUACUCAACGCAGUCAGCAGAGAAAGUAAUGCAUUUUUACGUGAACUUUUGCACGUAGCGCUCGCUAAGAAUCGGGCCUCAGCAGAGAAAACUUACCAAUCACACAUUUACGUACAGUUUACCAUGUUAGAGUUAGAGCGAAUUUCAAUAUUCUGGGACUAGUGCAUAGUUGCAACGUAAGCAAGGUGGUGGUGGUAAGAACGACGGGAUAGUGUAGCGGUUUUUCGUAUGUAAGCUUAGACGCAGUAUUAGACGCAAGAGCAGAACGACGAUCCUGUGCCGUACCGAUAGCUCAGAUUUCAACGUUGCAUUUCAUACACGGCGAUCUUGGCCGGGGGCGCGUUUUAAACAAUCAAUCAACAGCGGUUGAGGAACAUUGAAGAAAUUCUUUUCUUUUGACACAAGCUAGCAUUAGUAACAUUAACAUUACGCGAGAUCUCUUUAUUGUACUUGUUUUAUACAUUUCUCAGAAUCGAACGAUGGUUCAUCAAAGCCGACUACUGAAUAGCUCACACAUAUCUCUCAUUCUCUUUCUGCCAUUUUAAAAGCCAAACGCUGCGAACGGUUCGUUCCAGGUGGGUUGGUUUAGAAAUAGGACAAUAAUUCGUUUGCAUCUCAGCUGGUGGUUGGCUGGUGGUGCAGCAGGCGACCCAGCUUUUUUAUUUGAAUUAACAGAUGAUCUUCAUGUAGCUAAUAGAUCGCGUUUUUUUUUGCUUUUACUGGAGCUCUACCGGGAAGGUUAAUAGAGAAGAAUUUUAUUGAUUUGUUUUUUACAUCGGUGGCCUUAAAAUGCAAGUUCUCUACAUAUUUUUCAUAAUUAAAACACCUUAAAAGGUGCGUAUGGAGCUUAGAUCCACAUAAUGGAAGUUUUGAAUUUCUAAGUACUAUUCCUACCAAGUGCUUGGUUCACCCCUGUCAAGCAGUGCAAUUGCCCAAUGCGAUCGGAUCGUUGGGUCACUUGAUCACGCUCUAUAAUACAACUAGUUCGAAAUGUUGUUUUCAAUAUCACUACCUUAUUCCUUAGCUAAUUGCAAAAUUACAUAGUCGAAUUUUAAGGUUUCCCCUUACUACUCAACAGAUUCCAUUGUAUGAUUGCAAAGUUCCAUAGUGAAUUUGUAAUGUCCCAUUAUCCUUUUAAAAAAUUCUCUUGAGAGAUUUUGAAGUUCCACUAUAUGGAUCGAAACCCUGUAUUAAGAAGAUGUAUGAAAGGACAUGUAUGAACACAUUAUAGUUUUUACUUGAUUAAAUUGAUACAAGUUUUUUUAUUGACAUGGCUUAUGUAGUUAAAUUGACUACAAUACCACCAAUCAUGACUGUUAUGUGCGGUAAAAACAAAAAAAAGACGUCCUAAAUAGAGAAUGAUUUGCCAUACAGACGUAACGAUACGAAGCAGCAACGUAACGAGGGAGCGAUAACAUUUUACCAGCAAAUCGUUGUAAGCUUUUUGUUUAAGUGACACCAAUAUUGUUUUUCACUGUAUUUACCGGAGGAGCGAAACGGAAAAUAGAGAGUAACUUAGAUACGGAUGGCCAAGACCCAGGAGACUAGUGUCUCGAAAUAGCUUGUACAUCUUCAAAGCCACGUGAAGGAACAGUGCCAACGCCGGGUCAGGAUGGGAGACAAACUUCAAAGCGAAAUGCAGCAGGAAAAAGAAACGUUUAGUAUAAUUUUGUACCGUACUGUUAAGAUAGCCCGAUAGCCGGAACAUGCGAACACACGGUGCUUAGCUGCAUUGGGACGCAGAAAAAAACGACGUGCCUUCGGAAAGGCUGUCCAGUUCUUACUUUAAUUCGGCUAAGAUCUCUAAGCUAAGUGUAAGGACAGCAAGACAGUGAGCGAAAAUAGCUAAAAGUGUAGCUCGGUGUUUAGUAAAAAUGCAACAAUGCGUAGAAAAACAUUAUAGAGAAUAGUAAAAACAACAACAAAAAAAACCGGCAGUUCACAGUGCGAUGCAACCAAUGUCACACAACGGCACGCUGUGAAAGUGUUCGUGAGCAGGAACUAAAAAACAAAGGCCUGAGAGCGUGAAGAAAAGAACCAACACUAUAUUCCAAAUAUUCGCGAAAAAGAAAUUGUCACUGUGUUAGGGUGCCCAAAGAUUUUUACCUUUUGAUUCGCCAAUACUUGCUGUAAUUUUCUGUUUUGUUUUGUUUUAUUUUAAUUUUUUUGUUGUUGCUAGAGCUUCUUUCUUCUCUGUAUACGCACUACGCGAUAGUAUUUGUGAGCUUUCUGCGAGCUUUCCAUGUUUUACGCACUGCAAGCUUUCCCACAUCUAUUUUAUACGCUACGCUCUAUUAACGCAUGCAAUAGACGAGGAAAACAUACGACAAAAAAGCAACUAAAGAGUUUACGAUUAACAUGGGCGGAAGGUAAAGACAGAGGUUGAUCUCAGUAUCGGUAACGCGAAGCAGAUAGAUGGCUAGGUUUUAUUAGUUUUGGCACGUUUAGACUACCCGUGGCGCAGAUUGUAAUGUGACAAGGAAAAUUCGUAUCGAAAAGCAAAAGACGCACGACGAGCGCUAGAGGUAGGGCGGUUCAUGUUUCAAACGGAGCCGGCUUGGUGGUGAUUAUUUAAUAAUUGACCUCUGGGUUGCAGGAUUUUUCUCAUGCAUAUUGCAUAAAAAUUAAAGCAUUUUGAACCCAAGAAAUCGCGCGCUCGAAAGACACAGCUUUUCCACGUGUAAAAGUAGAGAAAUUCUUUUUUUUUGCUUAUUGAAAUUUCUUCUAAUGGGCCACCCGAAAAAAACUAAAUAGCUAAAAGGAGAAUACAAUUCGGUUAACAGCACAGCAUAUCCUGUAACAUGGGCAUGGGAUUAUCGCGGAACCGAUACGGCCUCCGAACCGCAUGUAUGACAGGGAUAGCGUGUGCGCGCGCUAGAAAGAGAGAGAGCGGGUGAGCUUUCGUUCGUUGUAAUGUUUCAAUCUUUUUUCAUGUUGUGCUUUUGGCGUACAGAGAGGGCUGUGAUGUAGAUUUUUGAUCUCAUUUUAUUAUUUUUGUUUGCAAGAUGCACAAAAGAGCACACAGAAAUCAUGAGGCGAAACCAGGAGAUAGGGCGCAAGAUGGUUUCGGUGACAGCACAUGCAAAAUUUCAUCGAACCACGUUUCUCGCGAAGUAAAAGAAAAAUGCAGAUCAAAAACUGUUUAGCAACACGUUUAGAGAAACAGACCAACAGAUACUUUAGGUAAGUGUCCACGCGAAUCCGUACCGCGUGAGGAUGUUCAGAAGAAGCGGCAAAGGCGAAAAAUUGUUCUCGAGAUUGCUGCGCGCGGACGUAGCGUUUGCGAGAGGCAUUUUAUAUUUCAUUUUUGAUACGAUUUUUUGUUUGUUUUAUUUGUCUCUUUUUUAAGACGUCUAAUUGUAGAACAUGUCGAGAACAUAUCAAGCAAUGCCGCGGAGUGCAUUUUUAGUGGUAGUUGAGUGGAAGGGGGUACCUUCUUGAGACCUCGGGAAAUGGUCGAUUCGCCCGCUGCCAACGGUGGAACAGUAAACUGUAUCGCGAGGAAUCGAUGUAACGCCCAUUAUUAGCACAAUACAUAGCUGUAAUACAAGCGUACAUAUUAAAUAGUUGUUAUAUCUUA